GUUGGUUGGCCCCAGGCCCUUGCUGUUGACUCCUCAGCCGCACGCCGGGAAUACGAAACCUGAGGGGACAAGAAACGACUGCGACUUUUCUACCACCAGUCCACGCUUUGGCUUAUAUCCUUCGAAGAAGUAGGGGAACAAGAUGGCGCUGCCUCUAGCUGAUGUUGGAAACAAGUUUGAGGAUCUUUCCGGGGUCGACAUCAAGCCGGGAGACAACCCGUACGACGCCCUCAUCAGCGCCUGCUAUGGCUCCCCGGCCAAGAUCCAGUUGCUUUAUGCUACUCAUCGUACGAUACGGAAUGCGCAGCAGCGGGAGAAGUUUCUGUCCCCCGACUUCAACGAGUUGAACAUUGACCCCAUUCUCUUGCGACUGGAGAGGCCCGACGUAGAGCCCGGGUUCCAGGACCCCCGACACUGCCUCGUGUUCUGGGCAAGACCCCCGAACCAUGUCGUGAAGUUGGCGUGUCAUCUCCAGACGCUCCUGCAAAAGGCAGCGCCGAAUCUCUGGCUCAUGCCCCCACACCGUAUGCACUUGACAACCCUCGAGAUCGCCCACUCGCAGACGGCCCAGGGGAUCGCAGACUUGGUGUCGUCAAUGCGCCCGGCAAUUCCUGCCCUGACAGGGCUUACAUUUACACGGCGUUCGCGGCUCGUGAAACCCGUGAUCUCAUACGACCUAUCAGCCGUGGCCGUGUCGUUCCUGCCAGCGUCCGGGGAGGAGGAAGUGUCGCCAGCCGCCGUGCCGUCCGGCCAGGACAAUAGUACAGGGACGGAGGGCGACCACUACACGUACCACCACCUGCGGCGAGAUGUCUUUAACAUGGCUUCGGAAAGCGUCCCCAUCGGCUCGCGUUAUGUAGUCCCCAGCGCACACAUCACGCUGGGACGCUAUCUCACCCAGGAGGACCACGAGACACCCGAGCAGCGUGAGAGAUGGAUCCAGACCAUCGAGGAGGUUAACAAGUGGCUUGAGGAUGAGGUCUGGGAGGUUAAAGACGGCCAGUUCAUCGGAGAGUGGGUUGUCGGCCAAGAACGGGGUCUGGAGGCCCGAUGCGGGACCUUGUGGUAUGGUGGUGGGAGGACUAUUUUGGCGGGAGAAGGGUUCUAAUAAGGGCUCGAAGUCCAUGGGGAAGAGAGGUCUUCAAGUAAAGUAGGUAGGUGGUUACCUUGACGCAUAUACCGCAUACAUACAAGAGGAAGUGAGAAGCAGUUCAGGCCUUGGAAAGAGAGGUGGAUUGGGGAUCAAGUAAAGGGUUAGGGUUAUCGCAUGAGAUAGACCGACAAGGGCCCCUCCAACCCCGCAAACCUGGAAGCCAUCAUCUUAUUAGCGUGGAUCUUCUU